AUGGUCCUCGACACAUCUAGCGCCCUGCGCGCCGUCAGCCCAGCGAUGAGGUUGGACGAGGCUGCCCUGUCAGCCUACCUCCGGAAGACAUUGGGAAGCAAAGCGCCGGCAGGUCCCCUGGAGAUAUCACAGUUCUCCCACGGUCAGAGCAACCCAACAUACUUCCUCAAGGCCGGCGGACAGCGCUUUGUCCUGCGCAAGCAGCCUCCCGGCAAAGUGCUGCAGUCUGCGCAUGCCGUGGAUCGUGAGCACCUCAUCAUGUCCAGGCUGGCAAACACCCCAGUGCCCGUGCCACGCAUGAUGGCCAUGUGUAAUGACCCGUCGGUGCUGGGCACGCCCUUCUACAUCAUGGAGCACGUCCAGGGUCACAUCUACGAGAACCCUGGCAUGGAGAGCGCCCCUCCCGAGCACCGCAGCACUGUGUACCAGGCCAUGGCAGAGACGCUGGCGGCGCUGCACAGCCUGGACCCAGUCAGCCUGGGGCUCGAAGACUUUGGCCGUGCGGGCGGGUACUGCGCCCGCCAGGUGAAGCGCUGGAGUGCGCAGUACCAGCAGUCGAUCCUGCCUGGCGAGUCGGCGCUGCCCGAGAUGGUGGCCCUGAGCGAGUGGCUCAGCGAGAACAUCCCCGCCGCAGACGCAGACCCCUCCCGCACCCGCAUCACGCACGGCGACUUCAGGCGAGUGGAUGAGCUGGACAAUCUGGUGCUGGACUCGUCGGGCAAGGUGCUGGCAGUCCUGGACUGGGAGCUGUCCACCCUCGGCGACCCCUUCUCCGACCUGGCAUACAACUGCCUGGCCUACCACCUGCCCCAGGGCACCCCUGGCCUGGCCCCGCUGCCCAAGCCCCUCCCCCUGGGCAUCCCCUCCGAGGCGCAGUACCUGGAGAGGUACUGCGCGGCGCGGCGCAUCCCCGUCCCACCCAAGGCCGAGUGGCACUUCUACCUGGCGCUGUCCACGUUCCGCGCGGCCGCCAUCCUGGCGGGCCCCUCGGCCCGCGUCCAGCCGCUGCUGGACGCCAUUGCGCGCUUCAUCGACCAGCGGGUGGUGCCCAUGGAGGGCGCCAUCGAUGCACGUGCGCACAGCGACCAGCGCUGGACGCCGCACCCGUGCCUGGAGGGGCUGAAGGCUGAGGCGCGGCGCCAGGGCCUGUGGAACCUCUGGAUCCCGGCCGACAUGCGCGUUAAGCUGGCGCCGCUGAUGCGCGGCGUGGGGGUGAGCGGCGCCGAGGCCGCGCUGCUGCUCGGCCCGGGGCUGAGCAACCUGGAGUACGCACACUGCGCCGAGGCCAUGGCCCGCUCCCUGGCGGGCCCGGAGGUGUUCAACUGCUCUGCCCCCGACACCGGAAACAUGGAGGUGCUGGCGCGGUACGGGACGCGGGAGCAGCAGGAGCGCUGGCUGCUGCCCCUGCUGCGCGGCGAGAUCCGGUCGGCCUUUGCCAUGACGGAGCCGGACGUGGCCUCCUCGGACGCCACCAACAUCCAGGCGCGCAUCGAGCGGCGCGGCACCGACCUCGUGCUCAACGGCGCCAAGUGGUGGACCUCGGGCGCCCCCGACCCGCGCUGCCGGGUCAUCGUGUUCAUGGGCAAGAGUGACCCCAGCGCGGCGCCCCACCGCCAGCAGAGCAUGGUGCUGGUGCCGGCCGACGCGCCCGGGGUGACCGUGGUGCGCGCGCUGCCGGUGUACGGCUUCGAUGAUGCGCCGCACGGGCACGCGGAAAUGCGGUUCGAGAAUGUGGUCGUCCCCGCCGGCGAGAGCAUGCUGCUGGGCGAGGGCCGCGGCUUCGAGAUCGCGCAGGGGCGGCUGGGCCCCGGCCGCCUGCACCACUGCAUGCGCCUGAUCGGCAACGGCGAGCGCGCGCUGGAGUGCGCGCGCGCGCGCGCAGGCUCCCGCACCGCCUUUGGCCGCCGCCUGCGCGAACACCAGGCGGUGCGCCUGGACCUGGCCCGCUCCCGCCUCGAGCUGGACGCCGCACGCCUGGUGGUGCUGGAGGCCGCGCGCGCGCUGGACCGCGACGGCAACGUCGAGGCGCGGGUCAAGAUCGCGGCGGCCAAGGUGCUGGCGCCCGCCGCCGCGCUGCGCGUCAUCGACCGCGCCGUGCAGCUGCACGGCGGCGCCGGGGUCAGCGACGUCACGCCCCUGGCCCACCUCUGGGCCAACGCACGCACGCUGCGCUUGGCUGACGGGCCGGACGUGGUGCACCUGGAGACCGUGGCCAAGGAGGAGCUGCGGCGGGCGCGCCUGUGA